AUGGAAGAGAAACGGGUUAUACAGCUCCAGUUGUGUGGAAUCAAUGGACGGCGUAGUCCCUUCAGGCGACUUUGUCCUUUCGAUGAAAGACAAAUGGAGUCGGUGGAUAGUUACAACAGGAAGAGGAAGAAUGUGCUCAAGUCAAUCCGGGAAAUAACAAGCCAGCUUGAUAAUACUGAUCGACAUAUUAGACAACAAAGGCGGGAAUUCUUGCAACUUAAAGAUAGUUUAUGUGAUUUACAUGUUAAAAAAAAGAAACUGGUGGAUAGUUAUAACAAGAAGCGGGCGGAAUACAUCGACUGGUCAAAUAAAAAUAAAAAGGACAUGCAGUGUUCUUCCACAAUUUGUCCGAACUAUCCGCCAACACAUCCGGUUGCUCAUCGUCAUCAGUCUUCUGCUGAUAUUAUUGACGAAGAAACACUGGAACCGUUUUAUGAACAGAAGAUUGCGUGCACAAGAUUGAUUGAGUAUUUAACUUCACUGCAGUCACGGAUGCCCCUGGAAUGUUCAUCAUCAACUUAUGAUACAACAGAUAAAACAUGUAAGCAGAUAACAGUUGACGGGAGUGAAGAUUCAGCUGAGGAAUACCCAUCUUUCUCGACAUUGAAAAUGCAAGCGUCAUUACCGGUUUGUACCACAUCUGAGCAGGAGUUGGGUAAAGAAACAUCUUUUGUUACUGUUUUGAAGAAAAAAAAUUGCAAGAAAUCUUCGAAGAAGCCAUGUCAGAAAAUAAGUCAUCCAAUGCAAAUGUUAUGUUUCUUCAAAGAAACCGAGAUACCAAUACCUCAAACUUAUCGGGAAAUUGAGCACACAUUGAAUAUGGUUCGUAUAUUAUUGAAACAAUAUCAAGAACAGACGAACGUUAUUGUUUGGGAAGAAAGUGAUUAUCGGCAGUUACCUCCACUCAGUGAAAGUGAACAUACGGCGGAUUCAACUCGGAAUGGUUCAACAGACACGUCCGAUCACGGGAGCAUUUUCAAUUUUCAUACCUGUUCCUCUUUUGACCUCGCAACACCAGCACAGGAGAGACCUCAGUCUUCUGCAGUAGUCAACCAAAAGCCGGAGUUUCCGAUUCGGUCAUCAGUAUCUGAUGAAGGCUUCUCAAGUAAAAAUUCAACUCUUUAA